CGCACAUUUCGAUAAAAAUGUCGAUCGAAAUUAGCGACUCGCAGCGACAACUCAUCGAUAAAAUCGCGAAAAAGAACAAUUUCGAUAAAUAUGAAGUGACGACGCAGGCGGGUUCCACAAAAGGCGAUAAUUUUAUGGGCGUACUGACCACGGUCACCCUAAACGAAGCCGGAAAAACGCUGGAGCUGAUCAUGAAAGCUGCGCUGGAAAACGAAGCUCUCAGGAAAAUCACACCUAUACACGAAAUAUAUCUACGCGAAAUCUACUUCUACCAGAACGUCUUGGACUCCAUGCGGAGAUUCGAGGAGCAAUACAACAUAGAGCGGCCCUUCGCAGGCUGCCCUAAACUGUACGGAGCCUCGAAGGCUGAUAGAAGCGAAUGCUUCGUGUUGGAAAAUUUGAGAAGCCUGGGAUACACGCUAUGGGACAAGAAGAGUCCCAUGAACUCCGGGCACAUCACAGCCGUACUGAAGCAGUACGCCAAAUUCCACGCCAUCAGCAUGGCCAUGAAGUACACCAAGCCCGAUUUGUUCGAAGCAGUCGUUUCGAAAGUGUCCAAGUACGUUUUCGACUCCCCAGAUAUGCAAAAAGAUGUGUUCGAGACCAUAGCUACUACUCAAAUGAGCGGCGCUUACAAAGCAGUAGAAGGUGAGCCGGAAAUGACUGAAAUUUUAAAUUUUGUUAAGGAGAAGCUGGUGGAGGAAGUAGUGACAAGAGAUAGCUCGAAGGACGAAUACCGACUUACAUUAAUUCAUGGUGAUUGCUGGUGUAAUAAUUUUAUGUUUAAAUACGAUAAUGAGGCUAACACAGAGGCGCCGAACAAUGUGAAAAUCAUCGACUGGCAACUUUCGCAUGUAAGUUCUCCGGCAUACGAUUUUUGCUAUUUCUUCUUGGCGAAUAGCCCGAAAGAUAUCCUGGAUGAUUACAAAAGUUAUAUGAAAAUAUACUACGAGGCGCUUGCUGGACAUCUGAGGGAGUUUAAUUGCGAUCCGGACGAUAUUUUCUCAUUUGCCAGGUUUGAGCGGCACGUAGAGAAAUUCAUGAUACAUGGUUUCUUUAUAUCAUUUAUAGUAAUGAAAGUAAUGCUGUGGGACCCGUCAGAGGUGCCGGACAUGAGCAAAUUAAAAGAGGAAGAUUUUAUGAAAUCGUUUCAAGCAGAUAAUACAUUAAAUAAUGACACUUUUAAGGAACGAAUAAAGAAUUUAAUAGUGUUUGGAAAAAAGCUGUACAACAAAUAAAUUUUUCUAGGUACUUACAUGUAUAUUUAUUUUUAUUUUUAAUGAAAUGUUUUCUGUAACUUCUAAUGUGUAAUGUAUGUAUGUAUAAAUAAUUAAAGGUUUUGAGCUGCGUUGAAACAAUGUCGAUGUAAGGAAGUCUGCAUUAUAAUUAAACGAACCAAUGAAUUGCUAAUGAUUCCAUGGUAUUAAUUUAUUUUAUAAAAGCCUUAACAUUUUUUUAUAUUUUUGAUGACAUGGUUAAUUACAUAAAAAAAAUGUGACAAUCUUGC